AAAUAAAAAGAAGCUUUUGCGUUUCGUUCGUUGAAGUUUAAAGCAGACGUCGCUAAAGUGUUAAGCUUUUUUGAAAAAUCUAUAAUCGUUGUUAAUUUAUAUAUUUUGGUUGCGUUAUGUAAUCCAUCGUUUGCUUGAAGUAGAACAACCUCUCUGUCAUUUUCUCACUAACACACACUCUCUCUCUAAGAUUCGAUUCUCUGCAAUCAAAGCAAAGCUCUCUCUCCUAAAACUUGCUCUCUUCCAAGCCUCUUAAAUCGAAUAGACAAUGUAACCGUCUCUUCUGCAAAAUAAUGCACCAUCAGUUUUCAAGAACUCCACAGAGGCGUGUUCAAGAGCCUUUGAGUCAUUCAUUAAGUGGGCUUUGAUUACAAAAAAAAAAAAAAUGGAAGGAGGAGUGUCCUUUGGUUUGAUCGUUGGGAUCUCACUUGGUUUAGUGAUUGGUGUGGUCCUAGCUAUUUCGGCGCUGUGCUGCUUUACGUACCAUAGCAAGAGGUCUCAGAUUGCCAACAGUGCCUCCAGAAGAACCGCUACGCUUCCCAUCAGAGACAACGGUGCUGAUUCCUGCACCAUUAUGUCUGAUUCCACUCUUGCUCCUGAUUCGCCUGUGAAGUCCUCCACCAAUGGGAGGUCUCUUUGGCUUGAUGGCUUUACCAAGAAGAGCAAUGUGGUCUCUGCCUCUGGUAUUUUGGAAUAUUCUUACAGGGAUUUGCAGAAAGCAACGUGUAAUUUCACGACUUUGAUAGGCCAAGGCGCAUUUGGCCCCGUGUACAAAGCUCAAAUGUCCACUGGUGAGACUGUUGCUGUCAAAGUUCUCGCAACUGAUUCUAAACAGGGCGAGAAAGAGUUUCAGACAGAGGUUAUGUUAUUGGGAAGGUUGCAUCACCGUAACCUUGUCAACUUGGUCGGCUAUUGCGCAGAGAAAGGCCAACACAUGCUUAUAUAUGUCUACAUGAGUAAAGGAAGCUUAGCUUCUCACUUGUACAGCGAUAAACAUGAACCGCUGAGCUGGGAUUUGAGAAUAUAUAUUGCUUUAGACGUGGCACGUGGUCUAGAGUAUCUUCAUGACGGGGCUGUUCCUCCUGUAAUCCACAGAGAUAUCAAAUCUUCCAACAUUUUGUUAGAUCAAUCCAUGCGAGCUCGGGUUGCUGACUUUGGCCUGUCUAGAGAAGAAAUGGUAAACAAACAUGCUGCUAACGUCAGAGGAACGUUUGGUUACCUCGAUCCAGAGUACAUCUCCACAAGAACAUUCACCAAGAAAAGCGAUGUUUAUGGCUUCGGGGUUUUGCUUUUCGAGCUUAUAGCCGCAAGGAAUCCUCAACAAGGUCUAAUGGAAUAUGUUGAGCUGGCGGCGAUGAAUGCAGAGGAGAAAGUUGGGUGGGAAGAGAUUGUGGAUUCGAGAUUAGAUGGGAGGUUUGAUUUACAGGAAGUGAACGAAGUGGCAGCUCUUGCAUAUAAAUGCAUCUCUCGUGCACCGAGGAAACGUCCCAACAUGAGGGAUGUUGUUCAGGUUUUGGCACGUGUUGUCAAGGUGAGACAUUCCAGAAAACGUCAGAAGAUGUCUUCCUCGCCUUAUCCGUGUCUUCCUACGGUGGAGUCAAGUGGUGAGCAGACCGGGAAUAGAUCGGUACGGUCCGAAAAUUAUAGGAGAGAGAAUUCUAUGGAGAGUAGUAUAGUUGAAGACUAG